AUGGCGUCCCAAACCCCAGCCGUUGUCAUGGACAACGGAACUGGCUACUCCAAGCUUGGUUUCGCCGGUAACGACUCGCCCUCGUUCGUCUUCCCUACGGCAAUUGCUAGCAAGGCUGGUGCUGGAAGCACUGGGAGCUCAGUCGGAAGGCCUGCCGUCGCGAACAAGCCCUCGUUUUUGGCCGGUAGUGGUGGAGCAGGUUCACACCUGUCCUCAAAGCGUGGAACAGAGGACCUGGACUUUUUCAUUGGCGAUGAAGCUUUGACCGCAGCCAACGGGCCCGGAUACGGUAUAAACUACCCUAUUCGACAUGGCCAGAUUGAGAAUUGGGAUGCGAUGGAACGGUUCUGGUCGAACUCGAUCUUCAAGUAUUUGCGCGUGGAGCCUGAAGAUCACUAUUUCCUUCUCACUGAACCGCCCUUGAACCCCCCGGAGAACCGCGAGAACACUGCGGAGAUCAUGUUCGAGUCGUUCAACUGUGCCGGUCUUUAUAUCGCUGUCCAAGCUGUGCUUGCGCUUGCGGCCUCGUGGACCUCUUCCAAGGUGACGGACCGAUCUCUCACAGGAACUGUCAUCGACUCUGGUGACGGUGUCACCCACGUCAUCCCCGUCGCCGAAGGAUACGUCAUCGGAUCUUCUAUUAAGAGUAUACCAAUUGCCGGUCGAGACAUCACCUAUUUCGUCCAGAGCCUUCUUCGUGACCGAGGCGAGCCUGACAGCAGUCUGAAGACGGCAGAGAGGGUAAAGGAAGAAUACUGCUACGUGUGCCCCGAUAUCGUCAAGGAAUUUGCUCGCUAUGACCGUGAGCCGGAUCGAUUCCUCAAGCAUACUGUGAUCUCGCCCAACGGCCGCAGCGUGAGUGUCGACGUCGGAUACGAGCGGUUCCUUGCCCCUGAGAUCUUCUUCAACCCCGAAAUCUAUUCCUCCGACUUCCUGACUCCCUUGCCGAACGUCGUGGACGGCGUCAUCCAGUCUUCCCCCAUUGACGUUCGGAGGGGUCUGUAUAAGAACAUUGUCUUGUCUGGUGGAUCUACGUUAUACAAGGACUUUGGUCGACGCUUGCAGCGUGACAUCCGACACCUAGUAGAUGCUCGGAUCCGUGCCUCCGAAGCACGCAGCGGUGGAGCCCGGAGCGGUGGAUUGGAUGUAGCUGUUGUGACGCACAAGCGACAGAGACAUGGCCCAUGGUUUGGAGGAAGCUUACUAGGACAGACGCCGGAAUUCCGGAGCUACUGCCACACCAAGGCAGAGUACGAUGAGAUAGGCCCCAGCAUUGUCCGCAGGUUUGCUCUCCUCGGUGGACCAGGCAGUUCGUAA